AUGUCGCCAGCCAAGGGGACAAUCGUGGUGACUGGAGCCAAUGGUGGCUUGGGCUCAGCCAUCUCCAAGCAGAUCGCGCAAUCGACCGAGCUUUCCGAGCACCACGGCGUGUUCAUCGUGCGUAAUUCCCAGACGGCUACGACCCUGAACGGCAUUCUCGCAAAGGCCAAGCCCAACUUCAACCAUGAUGUCGUGUCGAUCGAUCUGUCCAGUCUUGCGUCUGUCCGUGCAGGUGCCAAAACGAUCAACACUCGGGUUGCCAACGGUUCUCUGCCGCCUAUCCGGGCCCUGAUCCUCUCGGCCGGCUGGCAAGAGCUCGAGACACAGACUUUUACUGAUGAUGGCUACGACAUGACGUUCCAGGUCAACUAUCUGUCGCACUUUCUUCUCGUGCUACUCCUGCUGCAGAGCUUAGACAAGGAAAAUGGCAGGAUCGUGAUUGUCAGUGGCAUGAAUCAUGACACCACUGAUAAAAGAAUGGACGGCACUGGUAUCUACAAAGAAGAGAAAUGGCAGACCCUCUACACCACGACUGAGGCCCUGGCCAAGGGUACUUGGAGCACGCCUGCGGAUGAUCCCUCGUCCAAGUCAGGCCAGCGGAGAUAUGGAGCUGCUCACCUACUGGAAGUAAUGUUCAUGCGUGAACUUCAGAAACGGCUCAACGCGGACCCAGUCCUGUCAAAGAUCGGCGUUCUGGGUCUUGACCCCGGUGCGAUGCCUACCGACAUCUGCCGUCGUGAGGGCUUCUUGAUCAGGGUCAUUGCAAUGAAGGUCAUCAUGCCUCUCUUUGCGCCCAUCAGCGACAUGACUCAGACCAACGGCUUUCUUCGCACCACCUCCAAGUCUGCCAGUGACGCGCUGCGGUUGGCGUUUGACACCGAGACCCUCGGAGAGCACCCCAAGGAUGUGUUUGUGAACGGCACGGAGCCGUGGCCCGUUAGCAAGGAGGCUCAGAGCGAGAAGAAUCUGGAGACUCUCUGGAAAGAUAGUCUCGUCUAUGCCAAAGUUGAAGAAGGCGAGACCGCUCUCGUGAAUUGGAAGUAG